AUGGAUCGAAGAUGAUGAUGAUGUUGUACCCAACUCGGCAGAUUCCAGUAUCGAAGUCACAGUUGUGCGCGCGCGGGAGCCGAGAAUCUGGUCAGCACCGAAGUGGGUCCACGAAGUCCAUUGCCUGAAGACGAAGGAAUAGGAGCAGUAGCAGAAGCUGCAUUAUCAGUGGGCGUUGGAAGCGAGAGAGUCCUGUUGUUAGGAGACGAUGAGUGUGACGCGCACCUGCUUCCUGCUGGAUACCAAAUCGCCUGCUUUACUUGGGUCUCUGCACGCUGCCUGCAGUCGUCGAUUGUUCUCCCCUACGAGAGUUAGGGUUCAAGCUGCCCCGACUAGAGUAGUGCGAAUGGAGGCCAAGGCUUCUGCUAGAAUCGGAGAUCUGGGCGUCCGCCAAGGGUUUGUUGAUUCUGUUGGAAACACUCCUCUGAUUCGCCUCCAUGCAGCUUCGCAAGCAACUGGUUGCGAGAUAUAUGGCAAGGCAGAGUUUUUGAAUCCUGGAGGGUCAGUGAAGGACCGAGCAGCUCUUUAUAUUGUUAAGGAUGCUGAAGAGAAAGGACUGCUGAAACCUGGAGGCGUGAUCGUCGAAGGCACAGCUGGGAAUACAGGAAUCGGUUUAGCACUGGUUGCCAAUGCCAGAGGUUACAAGACUGUCAUAGUCAUCCCCAAGACGCAGAGUCAGGAGAAGAAGGACAUGCUCCGACUCGCAGGUGCAACACUCGUUGAGGUGCCGGCUGUCCCUUACAAGAACCCCAACAAUUAUGUCAAGUAUUCUGGACGACUCGCCGAAGAAAUUGCUAGAACUAAUCCUAAUGGUGCAAUCUGGGGUAAUCAGUUCGACAAUGUCGCCAAUCGGCAAGCCCACUAUGAGACCACUGGCCCAGAGAUCUGGAAUCAGACUGAAGGCAAAGUUGAUGGAUUUAUUUGUGCUAUUGGCACUGGUGGAACUGUUGCUGGAGUAGGCAAGUACUUGAAGGAGAAAAACCCCAACAUAAAAAUUGGUGUAGCAGAUCCAAUGGGAGCUUGCAUGUACAAUUUCUAUGAAAAAGAAGUGCUUGAAUCCUCCGGGACCUCGAUCUCCGAGGGCAUUGGACAAGGCCGAGUUACUGGCAACUUGGAAGGCUGGGGACUUCCAGAGAGAGAUGGGGGUUGCAUUGAUUUCUGGUGCCAGGUUACUGAUGAAGAGGCUUUGCCACUCAUCUACGAUCUGCUCAAGCAAGAAGGCUUCUGCAUGGGCGGUUCAACAGCCAUCAAUAUUGGUGGGGCAAUCAAACUGGCCAAGCAGCUGGGUCCCGGUCACACUAUUGUGACCAUUCUUUGCGAUCUUGGAACGAGGUACCAAAGUAAGAUAUUCAACGUUGAUUUUCUCAAGUCAAAAGGACUACCAUUUCCAGAAUGGUUGGACCCCGCUAAUCAAGACACCAGCAUACCCGAGGUUUUCGAGCAGGUCGAGUGAUGUCCUCAGAUUGAACCCUUUUCACUGUGGUUUAUCUUGUAUCGGGUUUUGUACUAGAUAUACGUGAUUAUGCUUUAGAGUGUCGAUGAUUGAAUAGAGGGACUUCACUGUGCUGAUCUAUCGACUCUAAACCUUCACUUGUGAAUGUUGCGGGCCACCUUCGCCACACUUGUUUUGGUUGAUCUCUCAACGUCAUUGUUUUCCAAUAGUAUACAAAGUGUGUUCCAAAUUUCUAGAAGUUGUUGAUUAAAGCGACGGCAGUUUAUUGAGCAGCAAUGCAAAGUGAACACUGUCUGUGAAAUGUUGUCACAGUUGA